AUGAGUGAUAAAUUAAAUAAUGCUGCUAGAAAGCAGCCUAUACAAAUAUUUCGUACCAAAGAAAUCAUUAAAUCACGAUCUAUGUUACCAAUUAUUGGUGAAGAACAAGUAAUUAUGGAAGCAAUCAAUGAAAAUGAUGUUGUUAUUAUAGUUGGAGAAACAGGUAGUGGCAAAACAACCCAAGUACCUCAAUUCUUAUAUGAAGCAGGCUUUUCAAGGUAAGAAAGUUUAGAUAUGAUAAAUAUUAAUUUCGCGCCUGAAUAUUAAUUAUUAAUGCAUUUGGUUUUAUUUCCAGUGGAAAUAAAAUGAUUGGUGUCACAGAACCUAGACGAAUUGCUGCAAUUUCUGUAUCUCAACGAGUUGCCGAAGAGCUAAAUAAAACGUCUGACAUUGUUUCAUACUUAAUACGUUUUGAAGGCAAUGCAGGAACUAAUACAAAAAUAAAAUUUAUGACAGAUGGAGUAUUGUUAAAAGAGAUUCAAAAUGUAUGUUUGAUUUUUUGUUAGUUUAAUUGAGUAACUAACCAGUAGGGUGGAUUUAUAGAAUUUAUUGACAUUUCAUAAUUUAUCUGUGCUAGUUCAAAUCUAGUUGCUAUCUAAGUACUGUAGUGUAUUAAUUUAUUUUAUUUAUUUUAAAUUUCAGGAUUUUUUGCUUAACAAAUACUCAGCAAUUAUUUUAGAUGAAGCUCAUGAAAGACGUGUAUUUACAGACAUUUUAAUUGGAAUUUUAUCUCGUAUUGUCCGUCUGCGUCAAAAAAGAUCGAAUCCACUGAAGUUGAUUAUUAUGUCUGCCACUCUUAAAGUUGAUGAUUUUUCAAAAAAUCAAAAACUGUUUCUUCAGCCCCCACCAAUAAUUGAAGUAACUAGAUAGUUACUUUGCAAAAUUUGAUAUACCUACAAUGCAAUUUAUUUAAAUUAUUUCUAUAGCUGAGUUCAAGGCAGUUUCCUGUAACAAUUCAUUUCAACAAACGAACACCAAAUGAUUAUUUAGAUGAAGCAUAUAAUAAAGUAUAUAAAAUUCAUUCAAAAUUACCAGCUGGUGCUAUUUUAGUGUUUGUAACUGGUACACUGUCUAUAAUUGCAUUAUAUAAAUAUUAAUCUAUACUAUUUUUCACGAAAGAAUGGUAGACAGUCUCGGCAAAACUAGUCGUUCUUACGCAUUUCCACACUGCAUCUUGCCCAGGGCUCUCACCAUUAUUGGGCCAGUGUAAUUUUGCGGACUGCCAUCGACGACGAGAGCGGUAGCAAGUAAUCCAUAAGCUUAGUCUGCGUGCACGAAACACUACCUUUCUCUCAUGAAAAAUAGUAUAGUUUAUAUUUUAAUACAAUUUACUUUCUUAUUUUAGGUAAAUUAGAAGUAAAACAAUUGGUAUCUAAGCUGCGUAGAUCGUUUCCAUAUCAAAAAGUUGAUUCUAAAAUUGGUUCCAAACGUAAAGUUAAUAUAAAUAAUGAAAUUAAAAAACCUUUGCCUGAUAUUGAUUUAGAUGAUUAUGAUAUUGAAAUUCAAUCAGAAGAUGAAUUAAUUAAUUCGGGAAACUCAAGUAAUGACGAUGAAAAUUAUGAUGAUGAUGAUGAUGAUGAUAAUGAAAUACCUAGUAAAAUUAUGAAAUUUAAUUCUCCUCCAUUAUGGGUGCUUCCUCUUUAUUCAAUGCUACCUGCCCAUAAACAAUCAAAGGUUAAUUUUAUUUACUAUUCCCAGUAGUGGCUCGUGGUAUAUUGCCCAGGUGUACAUGAACUGUCUACAAUUUUGAAAAUAUAUAAUUACUUUAUGACAAUAUAUUAUACAUAUUUGUUCUAAGGCAAAAUAAAAAUAAUUGUAUUUAAUGUGAAAAGCCAAGAAAAAUGAACGUAGGGGGUGUAUAGUGGUGCAGAUACAAUUUUUGUACCAAUCGCACAUAUGUAUUAGACCAUUUCAUUCUCACUACUGGCACUAUUCUCUAUUAAAACAGUGAUAUGGGGGUGCUCAAAUGAAUAGUUAACUGUUGAGUUCUCUGCUGCUACAAUUGUUAGUUUAUGAUCGGAGAGUUUCCUAUGGAAGGUGGUUGUUAUUUCAAUAUUGCUAUGUAGUGUGUACACUGUACUCCGAAAUUAGGUCCAUUUUUCCAAUCGACUGUGUUAAUUUUAUUGUAUAUAAUUUUUUUAACUAUAUACCACCAAUACUAUUUUACCCACAAGCCACCACUAACUUCCUAAUACAAGUACCUAUUAAAUAAUUUGUUUUCAUUUAAUUUAGAUAUUUGAACCUGUACCUCCAGGUUGUCGUCUGUGUGUUGUCAGUACAAAUGUUGCAGAACUAUCUUUAACCAUUCCAAAUGUUAAAUAUGUCGUUGAUUGUGGAAAAACUAAGAUUCGAGAAUUUGAUCCAUUAACUAGUGUUUCAAGAUUUUCUGUGGUUUGGGAAAGUAAAGCUUCUGCUAAUCAAAGAGCAGGGAGAGCUGGAAGAACUUCUCCUGGACAUUGUUAUCGGUAAUUAUCUAUACACUUAAAAUACAAAUAAAAUAUGUUAUUAUGAUUCAAAAAAAAAAUUUCUAAAUAAAAAAUAUUAAUACGCAUAAUUCAUAUAUUAUUUUGUUUAAACAAUUUAUGUUUAUCUUUUAGAUUAUUUUCAUCUGCUAUAUUUAAUGAUGAGUUUCCAGAAUGGAAUUUACCAGAAAUUCAAACUACACCUAUUGAUAAUGUUAUUUUACAAAUGAAAUCAAUGAAAAUUGAUAAAAUAACCCAUUUUCCAUUUCCUACUCCACCAGAUACUCAAACAAUAUUAGAAGCCGAGAAAAGAUUAGUUUUACUUGGUGCUUUAGAAGUAGACAGUAAUAUCGCAGGUGAAUUCAUGAAUAUUAUAGUUAAUUUAGUGGUUUGUGGUUCAUUAUAUUUUUGAUUCUUUUCUAUAUAGUUAGUACUCAAAAUAAGGAAAAAUACAGUGAUCCAUAAUAUGUACCUAUACUAUGUAAUAAAUAAUAUUUGAAAUUAUGUUUAGAAAUCAACAAUAUUACACCUCUAGGAAAGAGCAUGGCAGCUUUUCCUUUAUCUCCUCAUUAUGCCAAGAUGCUGUGUUUGAGUAAAGACCGUAGUUUAUUACAGUAUAUGCUGUUUAUAAUUUCUGCUAUGUCUGUUCAAGAGUAUUUACCAGGAGAAAAUGUUGAAGCAUGGAAAAAAACCAAACUUUCAUGGGCAAACAAGGGUGAAUUUUUACUAUUAGGUAAAUUGACAAAACAAAUUUUAUCAGAUAUUUGCUACAAAAUAAUUAUACCAAAAGUAAAGACAUUUAUGUAUAUUUAGGCACGUAUACAGAAAAAAAUUCAGGAGAGAGUUUUAUGUAAUAAAAGAGGGGGACUUUGCAUGUGGGUGAGCCAGUGGUUUUAGGUGAGAAAUUUAGGUGGGAAUGUUAAGGAAAAAUUAAUUUAUAUCUGUGUGCAACGAAAAACAGUGCUCAGCGAAAUUUGGUAAAUAGUGUUGUUUUCUCAACAAUAUAUAUGUCUCAUUAUGGUAAAAUAAUUACAUAAUAUGAAUUAUAUUAUUUUUUUAAUAUUUUAUCUAUUUUCCCGUUUUUCCUAUUUAUUGGGAAAACUGCAAAAAUCAAAAAAAUUAUCUCCCUAAAAGGGCUUUCCUUUCAGAAAAAAUUAUUGUAAUUCGGAGUAAAAUUGCUGGUAAAAAGUUGUCCAUAAAAAAAAAACCAAAAAUAAACAUUGAAAAACCAAUACAUUCCUCGCUUCACUCAGAAUCUAGGGAAUAGAAUGAAGUGAUAUUGGAGAUGGGUGUGCCAUUGUUGAUGGGAAGUUUGGAAAGCAAGAUAUAUAGUUAUUUAAUUUAUAUCUGUAAGCAACAAUAGAUCAUUGCUAACAAAAAAUGGAUUCAAUGCGAAGUUUGGCUAUACGUGUUUUUGUUUUUAAAGGCUGUAAUAUUUACAAUUUUUAUCAAAAUUUGAAAUUAAAACUGUAUAAAAAAUACUUUAACACGUUUAGAAAAAGCAAAUAUAAGUUUUCUAUCAGAAUUUCAAGUCUCUACAAAUAUUAAACAUUAUUAAUGAAUUACAACAAAAAAAAAAUAAUUUUAAAUAAAAUCAUUAUUUUGGUAAUUUUACUCAGUAUAUUCCAAUCAUUAUGAACACUGUUUGGAAAAUCAAAAAACAAAUUAUUUGGUGAGCAAUUAAAUUCAAAAUUUAAAAAUAGUAUCUUGUUGUUUUUCUAUUGGAGCAAUAUUUGGGACCUCACUUAUAUGUAUAUGUGCCUGUGUGUAUAAUAUAAUACAGUAAUUAAUGAUACGUUUUCUUUUAAUUAGAAAUAAUCAUAUUAAAUUUAUAAAUUAACCAAAAUAUUUAAUAUUAGUUUACUGAAUAAAUUUAUAAAUUAAGUUUUCAUAAUUGUAUUUUAUCUAGGUGAUGUAAUGAUUAUAUUACGAUCAAUGGGUGGUGCAAGUCAUGCUAUGAAUAAAUCAGGUUUAGGAGCACUACAAGAAUAUUGUGACAAAACAGGGUUACAUCAAAAAUCCAUAUUAGAAGCUUGGAAAUUAAAUAAUCAAUUAAUUAAUCAACUUAAUAUGAAUGUGCCAACAUUAAAAUUAGAAACAGAUUUAGUUAUGACACCGCCCACUCCAAUACAAGUAUGGUGGUAAUUUAUUAACUAAAUAGAUAACUACAUUUUAUGUAAUUAUGCAUACUUAAGUAAUUGGAUUUUUAAUGCAUUUAGACCAAUAAGUGAGAGAAAAAUAAACAUAAUUCUAGUACUUAUUUGAAAUUAAAUUUUUUUGGAAAAUGUGUUCAUUUUUUAUUUUGUUGAUCCUUUAAAGUACAAGUUCAUUUUGAGAAAUCAAGUAGAUUUUAGAUUCUGAGUGGAAUGAGAAAUGUAUUAGUUUUAUAAUGAUAUAAUUAAUUUUUUUUUUUAUCUGUAAACAACUUGUCUACCAGCAAUUGCUUUGAUCUUCAAGUGUAGCACUUUUUCUUGAAGGAAUUCUAAUUGGGGUAGUAUUUUAGGAAGGUAAUUUUUUAAUUUUUCCAGCUAUUUUCAUAAUAAAUAGGAAAACGUGGAAAAAUGUACAAAAUUUAUUAUUUUUAAAUUGUAAAUAUUAUGGUCUUUCAAAACAUGUUUAACCAAACUCUACUCAGAAUCGUUCUUUUUAGCGAAGAUUAAUUGUGGUGUACAAAUAUACAUUUAAUUCUCUUCUAUAUCCUACCUUCCCGACUUCUCAUCUACAAUAGUAGCCCAUCAAUUUGCAUAGUAUAUCUAUAUCUUUUUUUUUUGUUACCAUACUACAACAUUAUUAUUUAAUAGUUUUUUUAAAAACUAUAGAAAAUUAAUUUUCUACUAAAUAGGAAUAGAGCUGACGAAUUUAAAUUCUUUUUCAAAAUAAAAUUAAGUUUCCUAGAAAUAUGUUUAUUUUUUUUUUUCACUUUUGGCGUUAUUCAUUGUAAUGUAGAUAAAUAUGUUUGAGCAUGCCUUUUGUGACUUGUGCAUGGAUGUACUUAUAUUAUACUUGUAAUCGAGCGAUAAGAAGUAUAUUAUUAUAGUAAUACAGUGAAUACCAAGACAUGAAUUGUAAUGUUGUCAAAUAUCUAAUUUUAUUUUUAUGCAAGUAGGUUCUAUUCAAAGUAUACAAAUUUGGAGUAGCUAAUUAAAUCUAUAUAUCUAGGCAGUGAUUAAUCAUUGUGGGAAAAACAAUUUUAAGGGGCCUAUAACUCCAUUAGCUAAGCUCAUUAUUUAUAAUUUUCUUUAACCGAUACAACCAAUAAAAGCCUAUAUCAAUAGUAUAAACCAUUUACAACUAAACAAAGAUCAUGCGCGAAGACAAGAUUAGAAAUCGCCUAAAUAGUGGUCCUUUAACAAUAGUCACUAUAAGCCGCCUUAAUCGUUUUUAGUUUGUACAAGAAUAGUGCAUAAUAGUAGCUGUAUAAUAUAAUAUUGCUGUGGGAAAUGUAUUAAAUGUAUUGCAUUUUCUAUAGGUAAAACAAAUGCGGCAAAUUUUAUUAGCUGGAAUGUUGGAUAAAGUUGCAAAACGAUUAACUACAAACGAAUUACAUAGAAAUGGUAUAAGACCAAAUAAGGCUGCUUAUUAUGCGUCUAAUCUGAAAGAAAUAGUUUACAUACACAAUAGUAGUGUAUUAAAAAAAAGUAAACCAGAAUGGUUGGUAUACCAAGAGAUAUUUGAAGUACAAGAUAAAAUGUAUAUUAAAGGUAUAUAUAUAAAUAAAAUUGUAUAAUAUUUAAUCAUAAUAAACAGUACAAAAUUACUAUAUAAAUACUUAUGGACAUCAAUACCAAUUAAUAACUCAACUUUUUAGGUAUCACUGCUAUAGAACCAGAAUGGUUACCAGUUUAUGCUAGUAAAUUAUGUAAAACAUUAAAAGUAUUAGAUGAACCUAAACCUAGAUACAAUGAAGUAACUGGGAAAAUGUACUGUACAAUUAAUGCGACUUAUGGUAUUACAAUUUAUUAUUUACAUUUUAAAAUAAUACAAAUAAUAAUAAAAAAAAUUUUUUUAGGUCCAGUUGGAUGGUCAUUGCCACAAGCUGAAAUUGAAUUUCCUAACAUCAAACAAAAAUAUCUCUGGUUAUCAGUUUUUAUUCUCAGUGGAAAAGUUUUUCCUCCGCUGCAACAUUUUAAGCAACAUUUAUUAUGUGAACCAGAACUCAUCCUUAAACCAUGGAUGAAGUUGUAAGUACAUUAAACAUUCAAACUAUUAUUAUUGUAAUUGAAACACUGAUAAGAAAGGCCCACUACAUAUUUAUAUAUUUUUUUUACAUAAAAUAAUUCUUGAAAAAAUAGCUUACUAUUGAUAUUAAAAAAGUCCUAUAUUAUUUAUUGAGAUAAAAAAGAGCCCAUGAAUUGUUAUUUAUUUAUAUUAUAAAAUAGUAAAAACUAGAUUUAGGGCCAACGUUUUUAUGCAUUUGGAUAUUUUUAAUGGUUGGUCAAUAAAAUAGCUAGGUUAUACUAAAAUAUGUAUCAUGAGUAUAAUAUUCAAAAUUGUAGUUUGUAUAUUUUAGCGUUUUAGGAUUUUUAGGGAAUAUUUUAGCAUCUUGUGUUUUUAGAACAUACUUCAAGAAUUUUGUAAAUUUUUAAAACAACUUGACGAAUCAAGAAAUAAAAUCAUAAAAUAAUUAUUCAAGACUUGUAAAUUUCAGCAUGCAAGCUGAUACUAGGUAUCUGUUUUAGAUAUUAAUUUAUUGAUACAUUGAUAAGGUUGGAUUAGAAUGUCUUGUCCAUGUAUUUUAUCGUAAAUAUGUAUGACUGAUUUUAUUUGAGUCAUUAGUCAUAGUUUAUACUCAUGCUGUUAAAUUGAUUAAUAUAUUUUUUAGAGCAUAUUUUAUUAAUUUGUAUGGCAUAACUGCAUACAUAUUUAAUAGGUUUUAUUAAGUGUAUCAGUCUAUUUAUCAAUGUUUCAAUUAUAUUUCUUUUUUUUCAGCUUGAAAGAAUCAUUUUAUUUGCUAUCACAAACAUUAAACAAUAAUCACGAUGAUUCUGCAAAAAAAAUUAAUGAAAGAUGGUCAAAGAAAUCAACAUGUAAAUUUGUAUUUAUUUAAUUUUAUUACAUAUAUUUUAAACCAUUUUUUUUUUUUUAGAUUUAUUAGACGAAUAUUUAACAUGGUUACCAAAAACAGCACAUACAGAAGUUAAAUCAAUAUGGCCACCAUUAUAA